CAGGAACGACGGUGGGCAUAUGCGGCAGGUCCAGACUCCAGGCCUAGGGGCAUCGUCAUCCGUUAAACUCGUUGGAACUUGAAACGGAGGCACAAACCCGCUUGAGCAAACUGGGUUCCACAGAAGAUCCACGGCACUAGAAUCCCGGUAACGGGUCCGCCGUGGCAUUUGUCCCAGGCGAUUAAUCGUCGUUGGGGCAGCAAUUUUCACACUGACUCUCUUGCUCAUCCGGUCACUCUAUCAAGAGCGCCAGACGGGGGCUUCACCUGCUGUUAAGAGUUCUUUCAGCUUGUCCUGUUGGUUAUCUUGUGCCAGCAUCACUGGUGCAUAAAAGCCUGCGGAUCAUCAGCUCAAUGCUGUCAGCUUUGGUGGUGCUCUGCUGGCUCUACUCUGGUGGAGGCCAGUGGGCAGGUGUUUUAGCUCAGCAUGCCGAACGGCAGGUGGGCCAUACCUCGCCACCUAUACCUCCGGAUCCUGGUCUUAUAGGCGCCGUCUCCACUUCCUCGCCUGCUUCAUCACCUACAACCUCGUCUACCUCGUCCUCAUCUAACUCUUCGCAUGUCAUGACGUCAACGGCCAGCGCUCUAACCCCUUCAUCAACACCUACCCAGCUCACGAUCAAUGCCGUCAAGAAUAUGACGACAUGCGCCCCAGGCGUCAUCACCUGGACCUAUAACGGUUCAUCACCCAACAUUUUGCUCUCUAUCACGAGUAUCAAUGUUCUUGAUCCCUUUCAACAGCUUGAUCUCACCCGCCGCCAAAAUACUGCUGGACAGAUCUCCGUGACUUUAGCAAACACUAGUGCCAUCUUAAACUCCUGGACAUGGCCUCAAGUGGAUCAGCCACAGGGCUGGUAUAUAAUAGAAGGCUCUGUAGCUUCGCUCGACGCCUCUUCUACUGCUUUUUUCAUUAGUAACGGAUCCGACACAGCUUGCUUGCUCUCGUCCCCAUCUUCAUCGCCAGGAAUCACUAGCGCUGCAACCACCUCCUCAAUGACACUCAGCGUUGGCAAGAUCGUGGGGAUCGUGAUUGGUAGUCUAGCAGGGCUGGUUUUUCUUGUCUUGGCUAUCGCAUAUUACCUUUGCCGCCAACGUCGCUCUCCAACUCGUGGCAGCAAGCCAAAGCAGAGCGUGGGAAGGAGGUGGAGUUCGUUAAGAUCUAAUGACUCAGCUGCCAGGUCACUAGCGGGACUCGGAGGUGGCUCUACUCACUCCCACGGUCAUUCGGAUGCAAAGGGAGAAAUACUCAUGGUCGCAGAUAGUGGCAAAGCCUCAGAGACCACAACAACGCAGAGUUCAGACGAAUGUCACGGAAGUCAUGGGGAGGAGAAAGAAGCACACCCUCGCUCGUCCAGGGAAAUGAUCCCUGUAGACGCUAUCAACAAUCCCUUGUCGCAUUAUAAUCACCGCACAUCUGUUCAUUCCCCUCAUGAUCCAUGUCCUUUUCCAGAUCCACCACCCCGUGGCGGCACUGCUCGCACCCGUGUCACCCCUGCGCGCUAUUCGGAACAAAGUCUUGAGCUGCAAGCAGCUCGAAUACGCUCAUCCAUGGAAAGCUCCAUGUACCUGCGUACCGAGCGCUUUUCAUUGCCAGCCCUAGCUGCCCCCACUCCGCAUACGCCCACAUCUCCUAGCCGAGGGCGGGACGAGUACCCUCCUUCCCCUGUAGCUGCAACCUCGGCCAGGCGCUCGCCCUCAACAGGUGCCGUGUCUGCUCGCCGCACUUCUCGAAAACCUGUGCCGCACUAUGAGGCCUCAGAUUUUUGUGACGACUUACAUAGCGCAGUAGACAACCAGUCAAUGUUUACCGCCGGUGAAUCAUCACAUUCGCACGGUAUAGAGUCACUAUCCCCGCUGCAUACCAUGUCAGGGCCGUCUCACAACCGUAUCCAUUAUCUGAUCCCUGACAUGCCCCCGCCAAGGAACGAAUAGGCUGUGCCUCCCCCAAUAGCUCUCAUUGACAUGCGUUAGUCGUUCGUGUUCCCUGUAUGUAAAAUUUUCAUAUGGACUACGGAUGCGUCCGCUAUCUAUCAACUUCGUGGACACAUAUAACUGGAGAAUGUUAAAGCUGUUUUACCACUUCGAGAACUAGGACGUUGCGUCGUUAUCUUUAAUUUCAAUUGCCCGAUACACAGGUUGUAGGGACGUAUGUACUAAUCUUGCCUAUGAAACAUUUGCUUCGACAUCACUGUAU